AUGGAUGAAACACCAACAAAAAUUCGUCUUCAGAAGUCGAAAGAGAAGAAAUCAGUAACUGCCGAUGAUGAACCAGAAGACGAUGAAAAAGGAGAAAGUGAUAGUGACCAACCACUGAAGGAGAUGCAAAUGAAGGCAAAGCACGAUGUUGUGAGGAGAAAGGAAGUCUCUGUUUUAACAUCAUUUUUACCUGCUAAUGAUGAUAACCUAGAAGAUGGAAUAAGGGAAACUGAUAGUGACCAGCAACAAAAGGAGACUAGAACCAACGUAAAGCACGACGCUGCCAAGAAGAAAAAGAAAGUCUCUGUUUCUGAUCGGCAAGCUGAGGAGCAAUUAAUUGUGAACACUAGUGCAUCUAGAGUUCAGGAUGAUAAAUCUACUAAGAGAAAAAGGAAAGCAGAGAAAGCUGCACCAAAGGAAGUUUUGGAUGAUGAUACCGAGAAUGAGGAUGAUAAAAAGAAAGCUGCACCAAAGGAAGCUGUCAAGCAAGUUGUUGAUAAGCAAAAGAAAAGAAAAAGAUAUGAACCCAAACAAUCAGAAGACGUGAAAAGGAAGAAGAAGGAGAAGCAAAUUGAAAGAUCCGAAAUUAAACCUAAACCUAAAUCUGCAACUCAGAAAGGUACUUAUAGAGCAUGA